ACAGUAAUAGAUCACGACUAAGCGACCCGCGCAUUCCUCCGUUGAUUUCGCGUAGGUCUUCUCUUUAACCGGUGAUGUCAUGCUGUCUCUACCGUCUCAGCAUGAGUGUUCCUAACUUUGUAACCGGGGCAAAAGACUAGUGAAUUUCAAUUGGCUGAGAGAUUUUCCCUCUCUGCUGUGAGUGGUUGGUUUAGGCGUUCUAGGGAUUCCCUUUCGAACAGAUCGUUUAAGACCUCUUCGUCAAACUGAUGCAGGGCACACGACGGACCCGCUGGAUUCUGCAGAGUCACGGAGCGGAGGUGAAACUUUUUGCGCGCUCUCAACAUCACGGGGACGGGUAGCUGCUCACCACCUCUACACAUCUUUGUUAGAACAAAUGGACUUGACCUCGGGAAUGGAGAAGAUGUCAGUGGGGCACCCUCCAGAGGGGCGGGGCGCACCGUGUCAGACAUGUAAAGAUAUCUGCUCUGGAUUCCAGCCACAUUCCUGGAGGAAGGCAUGCGUGGCGUGCCACUGCAGCCUGGAAGACCACGCCCCCAGCUCUGACCUCGAGGACGACCAUCGGAUGGGCCGCCUGCUGGCGGACUCCAAGUACGCCCACCUGACAGCCAAAGUCAAAGGUGGCGCCGGCCUCCGAGUCUACAAACGCAACCGCAUGAUCAUCACCAACCCUGUGGUCUCCCGCAAGGACCCCACCUUCAACACCAUCACCUACGACUGGGCACCGCCCGGUCUAACGCAGAAACUGGCCAUGCAGUACAUGGAGCUCCUCCCAGAGGACAAGCGGCCGGUGGCUGGUACGGAGGGAGCGCUGUACCGCCGCAGGCAGCUGCUGAGGCAGCUACCUGUCUACGACCACGACCCGGCUGCCUGCCAGGGCCUGUCUGAGCAGGGGGCGAUGGACAUGGCCGCCUUCGUCAGGAGCUACAAGGACGGGGCCCUGGGGGUGGGGGAGGUGGCUCUGCCCGGAGAGGGAGGGACCAGCAGGGAGGGGGGAGGAGCCGGGAGGGAGGGGGCGACCAAGCAGAAGAACGGCAAGGGCGGUCAGGAUCAUCCAGACUCCACCAGCUCCACUAUCUCCAACGGCAUCGGGGACAGCUGCAAGAAGAGUGAAUAUUUUUGCAGCGGCUGUGGGGAUGUAGCGGCCAGCGACAGCCCGGUGGUGUACGCCGAGCAGGCAGGCUACGAGAGGCAGUGGCACCCCACCUGCUUCAGGUGCUCCCAGUGUGGCGAGGCCCUGGUGGACCUGGUCUACUUCUGGAAGACCGGAGCCCUACUGUGUGGACGCCACUACUGCCAGAGCAGACACCCUCGCUGUGCAGGCUGCGACCAGCUGGUUUUCUCUGAGGACCGGCACACCAGCUCGGACGGACAGACGUGGCACAGGGAGCACUUCUGCUGCUGGCUCUGUGGACAGAGUCUGGAGGAACCCUGCUCCUGCCCACACUGACCUCCCUCCUCCUCUACUCUGCUCUCUUUUCCUCUCCUCCCUUUUCCUCUCCUCUCUUCUCCUCCCUUUUCCUCUCCUCUCUUUUCCUCUCUUCUCCUCCCUUUUCCUCUCCUCUCCUCUCCUCGCCUCAUCAACAGCCAAUAGGAAAUACCAAACAUAGUAGACUCCUUGUGAGCCAGUCCACUCCCUGAUUGAUCUCUGCCUCUGUGAGAGUGAUACUGGAGCUACAGGUCUGUACAGCCCACUCACUCUCACACAGUUACCCACACUAAACUGGUUUCUAUGAUCGUUGAUGAACAACUGGAAUUGAAUGGAAAAAUCAAAUGCAUGUUUGAUGUUGAAAAUAUUUAACUUCCAAAAUAAUGUUAAUUUUUCUCGGUUUGUUUCUGCUUGAUUAGUUGAUCUUGUCAACUAGCCUAUCAUACAUUAUGAUACUGCUUUCAUGAUGCUAUUUCUAUACUCCAAAGCCUGUCUGUAAAUGGAGAACUCUAACUGCAGUAUACUGUGUUCAGCCCUGUUGUAACCGCUCUCUUGGCUGUGCUUCUACUUCACCAGGAUGUCAGUUUCAUGCCCUCCACUGAUUGGACGGAAUAAACAGAUGCUAAUACUGUCCACGAGUGUUGUUUGUUUUAAAGCAGCAGUCGACUGUAUCCUCCAAGUCCCAGAGCUUAUUUCUGCCAUGAUGAUGUUGAUGACAGUUUGUAACUGAUAUUAACUGACAAUUCCCUGAACUGUUUCAAAUCUUUGUAAGUCUAUAUGAGUAAGACUGUGCUUUUGCAUGUAAAAUAGUUAAGAACCUCUUGAUGUAAUUCUUGUAUGAGUGCCUUUCUGAUCAAAUAAAAGAAUAGUGUGCUAUGCCAAAACAAAAUAUACACCC